CCCGGUUUCCGUACAGCCUCCGGUUGUGUGCUGGGCCUCGGAGGGGACGUUCUCAGCUGGGCGCCUGAGGCGGAAACCGCCGCCGGCGAGCUGAAGUUUCUUACUGGCGUCUCCGGCCCUCUGCCCCUCCACUGCCGGAGCUCGGCCAGACCUGGGCCGCGCGCCUAGUGUCCAAGCAAGGCGGGGGCGAUGGUCCAGAUGGAGACGCAACUGCAGAGCAUUUUUGAGGAGGUGGUGAAAACGGAAAUUAUAGAAGAGGCUUUCCCUGGCAUGUUUAUGGACACCCCUGAAGAUGAAAAAACAAAACUAAUUAGCUGUUUGGGGGCCUUCAGACAGUUUUGGGGUGGUCUUUCUCAGGAAUCUCAUGAACAGUGCAUCCAGUGGAUUGUUAAAUUCAUUCACGGCCAGCAUAGUCCUAAAAGAAUUUCUUUUCUUUAUGACUGCUUAGCAAUGGCGGUAGAGACUGGUCUUCUUCCACCCAGGAUGGUUUGCGAAUCCCUGAUAAACUCUGACACACUUGAAUGGGAAAGAACACAGCUUUGGGCCUUAACAUUUAAACUGGUUCGGAAAAUAAUCGGAGGGGUAGAUUACAAGGGUGUUCGAGAUCUCUUAAAAGUGAUUUUGGAGAAAAUCUUGACAAUUCCCAAUACAGUGAGCUCAGCUGUUGUACAGCAGCUUCUAGUAGCAAGAGAGGUUAUAGCAUAUAUCUUAGAAAGAAAUGCUUGUUUAUUACCGGCAUAUUUUGCAGUCACAGAGAUCAGGAAACUAUACCCUGAGGGAAAGCUUCCACACUGGUUACUUGGAAACCUGGUAUCAGACUUUGUGGAUACCUUCAGGCCCACAGCAAGGAUAAACUCCAUUUGUGGCCGUUGCAGCCUUCUGCCAGUUGUAAAUAACUCAGGCGCCAUUUGUAAUUCAUGGAAAUUGGACCCUGCAACUCUCCGCUUUCCUUUGAAAGGCCUUUUGCCGUAUGAUAAGGAUCUGUUUGAACCACAGACUGCUUUGUUGAGAUAUGUUUUGGAGCAGCCUUAUUCCAGGGAUAUGGUCUGCAAUAUGCUAGGUUUAAAUAAGCAGACCUUGAACAUUGCUCAGCACAAGCAGCGCUGCCCUGUGCUAGAGGACCAGUUGGUGGAUCUGGUGGUUUAUGCCAUGGAGCGAUCCGAGACCGAGGAGAAGUUUGAUGAUGGGGGAACAAGCCAACUCCUCUGGCAGCAUCUCUCGAGUCAGCUCAUUUUCUUUGUGCUUUUCCAGUUUGCAAGUUUUCCACAUAUGGUCCUUUCUCUUCAUCAGAAGUUAGCAGGGCGAGGCCUGAUUAAAGGCAGAGAUCAUCUGAUGUGGGUUCUCUUGCAAUUCAUUUCUGGAAGUAUUCAGAAAAAUGCACUAGCUGAUUUUCUCCCUGUCAUGAAGCUCUUUGACCUUCUGUACCCUGAAAAAGAAUUUAUCCCAGUUCCUGACAUUAACAAACCCCAGUCAACUCAUGCCUUUGCAAUGACCUGCAUUUGGAUUCACCUCAAUAGAAAAGCCCAAAAUGACAACUCCAAGCUACAGAUUCCAAUACCUCAUUCCCUAAAGCUUCACCAUGAGUUCCUACAGCAGAGUCUUAGAAAUAAGAGUUUACAGAUGAAUGACUAUAAGAUUGCCCUGCUGUGUAAUGCAUACUCUACAAAUUCAGAAUGUUUUACCCUACCCAUGGGAGCUCUGGUAGAAACUAUUUAUGGAAAUGGAAUUAUGCGGAUACCCCUGCCUGGAACGAGCUGUUUGGCUUCAGGAUCUAUCACUCCCUUACCAAUGAACCUCCUGGAUUCACUGACAGUUCAUGCCAAAAUGAGCCUUAUCCACAGCAUUGCUACCAGAGUGAUAAAACUUGCUCAUGCAAAGUCCAGUGUGGCCUUGGCUCCAGCCCUAGUGGAAACUUAUAGCCGUUUAUUGGUCUAUAUGGAAAUAGAGUCUUUGGGCAUCAAAGGAUUUAUCAGUCAGCUUCUGCCAACUGUUUUCAAGUCUCAUGCCUGGGGAAUCUUGCAUACCCUGCUUGAGAUGUUCAGCUACCGGAUGCACCACAUUCAGCCUCAUUACAGAGUUCAGCUCCUGAGUCAUCUUCACACUUUGGCUGCAGUUGCACAAACAAACCAGAACCAGCUCCAUCUCUGUGUUGAGAGCACUGCACUCAGGCUUAUAACAGCAUUAGGUAGCUCGGAGGUACAGCCACAGUUUACCCGCUUCCUUAGCGAUCCCAAAACGGUGCUCUCAGCGGAAUCCGAAGAACUGAACCGCGCCUUGAUAUUGACCUUAGCCAGAGCAACUCACGUAACAGAUUUUUUUACAGGCUCUGAUUCAAUUCAGGGAACCUGGUGUAAAGACAUACUUCAGACCAUUAUGAGUUUUACUCCUCAUAAUUGGGCUUCACACACUCUUAGUUGUUUUCCAGGCCCACUACAGGCAUUCUUUAAACAAAAUAAUGUACCUCAGGAAAGCCGUUUUAAUCUGAAAAAAAACGUGGAGGAGGAGUAUAGGAAGUGGAAGUCAAUGACCAAUGAAAAUGACAUCAUCACCCACUUCUCUGCACAGCGCUCUCCUCCCCUCUUCCUUUGUCUUCUCUGGAAAAUGCUCCUGGAAACAGAUCAUAUUAAUCAGAUUGGCUAUAGGGUAUUAGAGAGAAUUGGAGCCAGGGCCUUGGUAGUCCACGUGAGAACAUUUGCAGAUUUCCUGGUAUAUGAGUUCUCUACAUCAGCUGGGGGUCAGCAACUCAACAAAUGUAUUGAAAUUCUUAAUGACAUGGUGUGGAAGUACAACAUUGUUACAUUGGACAGAUUAAUUCUCUGUCUGGCCAUGCGUAGUCACGAAGGGAAUGAAGCCCAGGUUUGUUAUUUCAUAAUUCAGUUGCUGUUGCUCAAACCAAAUGAUUUUAGAAAUCGAGUAAGUGACUUUGUGAAGGAAAAUUCCCCAGAACACUGGCUACAGAAUGACUGGCACACCAAACACAUGAAUUAUCACAAGAAAUAUCCAGAGAAGCUCUAUUUUGAGGGCCUGGCGGAGCAGGUCGAUCCUCCUGUGCCAAUUCAGUCUCCCUAUCUGCCCAUCUAUUUUGGAAAUGUGUGUCUCCGAUUCCUUCCAGUAUUCGACAUAGUAAUCCACAGAUUUUUAGAGUUGCUCCCAGUAUCCAAAUCAUUGGAGACUCUACUAGAUCACCUGGGAGGCUUGUAUAAAUUUCAUGAUCGUCCAGUGACUUAUUUGUAUAAUACUCUGCACUAUUAUGAAAUGCACCUGAGAAAUCGCGAAAGUCUCAAACGGAAACUUGUCCAUGCGAUCAUUGGUUCACUCAAGGAUAACCGACCACAGGGCUGGUGUCUAAGUGACACUUAUCUGAAAUGCGCUAUGAAUGCUCGAGAAGACAAUCCCUGGAUCCCAGAUGACUCCUACUAUUGCAAAUUGAUUGGCAGACUAGUAGACACGAUGGCUGGCAAAUCUCCUGGUCCAUUCCCAAACUGUGACUGGAGAUUCAACGAGUUUCCCAACCCUGCUGCCCACGCACUGCAUGUUACUUGUGUGGAGCUCAUGGCCUUGGCUGUUUCAGGCCAGGAUGUUGGAAAUGCUCUUCUAAAUGUUGUCCUGAAAAGUCAGCCUUUAGUGCCACGAGAGAACAUUACAGCAUGGAUGAAUGCAAUUGGGUUGAUCAUCACUGCCCUACCAGAGCCGUAUUGGAUUGUCCUUCAUGAUCGAAUUGUGAGUGUUAUCAGCAGUCCCAGCCUGACGUCUGAGACAGAGUGGGUCGGCUAUCCUUUCCGCCUCUUUGAUUUCACGGCUUGUCAUCAGUCCUACUCCGAGAUGAGCUGUAGUUACACGUUAGCUCUGGCACAUGCGGUGUGGCACCAUUCUAGCAUUGGGCAGCUUUCUCUUAUUCCCAAGUUUCUCACUGAAGUACUUCUUCCUAUAGUGAAGACUGAGUUCCAGCUGCUUUAUGUGUACCAUCUUGUGGGACCAUUUUUACAAAGAUUUCAGCAAGAGAGAACUCGAUGUAUGAUAGAGAUUGGUGUGGCAUUUUAUGACAUGUUGCUGAAUGUAGACCAGUGUAGCACCCAUUUAAACUACAUGGAUCCCAUCUGUGACUUCCUGUAUCAUAUGAAAUAUAUGUUUACUGGUGACAGUGUAAAAGAGCAAGUAGAGAAGAUUAUCUGUAAUUUAAAACCAGCUUUAAAACUUCGUCUUCGAUUCAUCACUCACAUUAGCAAGAUGGAACCUGCUGCAGUGCCUCCACAAGCCGUCAGUAGUGGGUCUCCAGCACCUCAGUCGAAUCAGGUGCCAGUGUCUCUGCCAGUGACUCAGUGACGUCAGGGUGUGUUGUGGUGAAAACGAACUCGAAUAUAUGAAAUCUGAACAUGGUCAUGCUGCAUAGUGGUGGAGUAGAGGCAGUGAUGUUCAGAUUGUUUUAUUCUGAUUCAAGUGGUGAAUCUAUUGACUUCUAGCUCCCAUCUCCCUAUCUAUGUUUUUGUCUCUAAGAGAUCAGGUAAGCUACACAUUGUUCAUAUCCACAACAGAAUAUUAGAGUUACCUAAGAACGUGGACAUAUCUGAUCAAAUGACUUUUAUUAGGCACUCUCAAUCUUUUCUAUUUUGGCCAUUAUUUUUGUUUUUGUUUUUUAGUAUUAAUGACUUGGUCAGUCUUCAAAUACACUGUUUUAAAGGCACCACACAUGUAAAAUAGUUAUUACAAAUCCUUUUAUACAUAAAUUUCUUUGGGUAUAUCUUUGGGAUAAGAGAUUUUUGUCAAGUAAAGGACUGUAGAUUUUAUUGCAUUACAGCAGCAAACAGUUUCAUAUUCUUUUAAAAAUGAGUUAAACUUUAAUCAUAGAUUUCCAAGUAAAUGGGCUAGUAUUUCUGUCAGGGUAGAUUGGCAAGUUUUUGCCUUUGCUGUGGACUUGAGCUUACUACAUGAAAUGAGUUGGAAGCCGUGUAAGAAAAUAACAUAGCUAGAAAUGCGUAAACUUAAUAAUAUCAUGCUUAAGUGGUGAUUCUUCAGUCUCUUUUUAAAAAUUCCAGGUUGAUACUCUCACCUGGCGAAUGAUGUGAUUCUUUGAAUUUUUAUAGUCUUAAGGUUUUUAAGUAUUUAUAUUUUAAAAUAUCAUGUACAUUUUGGUUUUUUGAGUUUAUUAGAUUUUGAGAGACAUACUGUUGGUGGGGUGGGGGAAGUGGCAUUAAGAUUGUAAAAGACCUGAAAAAUAAUUAGCAAAAUCUGUUGAAUGAAUAAACUGUCCGAUUAAUUACUCAGUAUGAAUGAGCAUCUGCUGUGUGCCAGGCAGUGUACUGGCUGGAUUAGAACAGAGAACUGAGCUACUUCCAUGGGUUGUACACUAUAGUCGGUGACUGACAUUGACCUAGGAAUUAAGAGGUACUGAUUUCUUUUUAAAAAGAAUUAAUGAAGUUUAACCAACUGUACUUCAAAUUUGUAUUUCCAAAUACAUUCCUCCUAGUCCUUUGUCUUCUUCACAGUUCACACUAUCAUAUCAUUCAAUUUGUAUUUGUCAUGCAAGGACAGCUUAAAAUUUAUAUAAUGGUAUAAGCAGCUUUUCUAAGCUCAUAAUAUUCUUAAAAUUCUCCAGAAAUUUUAUGCUAGAAAUAAUUUCAAGUAUUAAUCUAGUCUCAAUAUAUUCUUGCUGCCUCAAGGAAUAUAUUGCUUUGGGAUCCUAGAAUGGGAAUAAUUAUAAUACUGGUAUUAUACAAACAUAAUACCAUACAGAUUCCAAUUUUAUUAAAAAUUCAGUUUUUUCUCUCUGCCUUAAAGAAUUGGGAAUAUGAUUUUCCCCAAGUAGGCUUUUAAGAGAUUAUUAAUCAGAGACAUUAAUAGAGGACAGAAGCUUUAUGUGUUUAGAAUGCAGCUGAAGAAAAAAUAUUUAUAUCUGUACUUUACAGUACAGGAGUUAGUAACUCCAUGUGCCUAUUGAGCACUUGAAAUGUGGAACUGGAUUUUUUAUUUUAUUAAGCUUUAAUUAAUUUAACCACCUGUGGCUUCUGUAUUGCUUAAUGUUCUCUAGAGUAAGAGCCAUUAUAAUUGCUCUUAUCGAAAAGUCAUUCAGUAAAAUAUUUAUCCUACAAAGUCCAUGGUGUCAACAGGUUUAAAAUUCUGGGUUGCAGGCAAAAAAUCAGAUGGUAGAGGCUUUUUAACACAUAAAGCUGUUAUAACAAGAACAACAAUAAAAAUUAUUUUACGGAGCCUACUUCAUUACAGAAUCCACUUUGAGUUCUAUAAAAGUUGUAGGAAAGGGGAAGAGUUUCCUUCCCUUGUUUUGAUUAUAGUUUAUUCUCAUUUAUUUUUCCACUUCCUUCACUAUAUAACAGCCAAGGUGAGUUUUUAGGAUGUUUAGGAGUUCAACCAGUGAGACAUACUGUAAUUGCAGUGAGUGGAAGGUGGGGCAUUUGGAAGCCACAAAUAAUUUUAGGUGAAAUCCCGAUCUGAAUUAUUGUGGUCCGAGCGUGGGUUGGAAAAGAAUUUCCAGACACAAGGCAGAAUGCAAGGAAGAUAGAGUUUAUUAGAGAGAAGGGAUGCUGCAAGAACAGCGGGCCAACUUCCUGGUAGCCAGGGAAAGUCGACCCUGAGCAUGGGUUGCUUGCCUGUUUUUAUAGCCAGGGAACCUGCGAUAAUCUACUGACUGGGCAGAGUAUGUAUACUUUUAGUAUGCUGAGCAGAAGAAAAAUGGGGCAAAUAUCUUUCCUUAUUUGGGAUGGGCAAGGGACAUGACAUGCUGCUUGGAAAAGUUUUGGGACAUUGCAAUUGUUGCAUUGUACAGAGUGACAGGAGUCCUGUACCUCUUUGUUCCACCAGUGUUGGCCCUUUGAGUCUAUCUUGUUCUUUGUCCUUGGCGCAUACCACAUGAAUUAGCAUAUCUUAGAAAUAAAAUAGCAGUUUGAUUUCUUUCCUCCAUUUCCCAAAAGACUAUCUGAAUAGCAGUCAUGCUUAAAAUAUCAAACAAUAUCAUGUUUGAUGCUUAAAAAAGUAAAACAUGGUCAUCUAACAUUAAUGAACUUGGAGAUUGCCCAAGCCUUAUAAUUAUCCAUCUUACAGAUGAAGGAACCAGAGCCAGAGAAUUUAAAUAGCUUCAAGGUCUUACACUGUUUUGGGGAUGAUGGUCUCACUGUGGCUUUUUGAAUAUUUAUAGUGGUCUUAACCAGGAUGUGUGUUGUGUGUGUGUCUGUGUCUGUGUGUGUGUGUUUUGCAUGUAUUUAGAAACCUGUGUAGGGAUGGCAGAAUCUUAUAAAGAGAUAAAGAGAAAAGAAGUUUCUAGGGAUUAAAGCUUUGAACUAUAUGGAAACAUGGUCCCUUUUCAUGUGGGUAGCUUUAUCUCCUGAAAUCAAGAGUUCCACUCUAUGUCUAGGGGCUGA